UUUUUGAAAGGACAGAUGAAGAUCAUUAAGCUUUAUUUUUACAAAUUUACACAAUGCUGCCAACAGCGAUUUCCAAAAUGCGCCAAUCUUUGCUGGUCCGACAGUUCUCCCACCAACGAAGUCGUUCGAAGUCUGCUACUUUAUUUUUACGGUUUACUUUUGGGUGGUUUGUUUUGGAGAUUUGUUCUGCUGAACCUCGGAUUGUCAUCUGAUUUCCAGUUUGUUGUGGGUCUGGUGAUAGCUUUAAUUCUUGGUUAUGGCUGUGCGUUGUCAGUUCAAAUGCGUUGCUACAGCUUGCUUUGUCUAACGGGCUUUCUAGGAAAAGCUGGCCGAAGUAUGCUAAAAGCUAUUGUAUUAACAUGCAUUCUCACUGGGCCAAUCAACAAUAUCAGUUUGAACGCACGGGAAGUUGUAAGAGUGUUCACAUGUUCCACGGUACUAACGUACAACUUGAGCAAAACUAGAUUCGAGCUAAUGGCGAAGCCCUUUCAAAAUGCACUGCUAGGAAGCAAAGAUAAUUUGGAACAGGUAAAAGAUGAGUUUGUGGUUAUUGUGGAUAUCAUUGAGCCAAUUGAAAAAGAAAUCGAAGGUUUUGACAAUGAAACGAAUGUUCGUCAUAAACGAGGAACGAAUAACCCUGAUUAUGAACAAUAUCGAGAACAUUACGUGAAAAAGUUGAAGAAACGUUGUGAAGCCCAGUUGAGCAAAGGCAUCACCCGAUGCGAGCAGACGUUCCAGAAGGUGUACGACGAUUGCCACGAGAAGCUCCCGAUAUUAGUAAACUAUCUUCUUUGUUGGCCUAUGAAACUUGAUAUGAUGUGUGGUGCUGGUAAAAUGUUUGGAAAUCAAGAUGAAAUAUGCUCACCAGAUGGCGUAGUGGAUUCAGAAUUUGGUCAAGAUUAUGGUCAGCUGAAAAAUGAAAGAGAACGCUUGGUAGGAGACUUGAAGAACGUCAGUAUACAGUAUGAAUUCGUUGACAUGGAACAGCAUGAAGGAUAUUUGACUGCCAAGGAGACAAGUAAAGAAAUUAAGAAAGAAUUCGAACGCAAGAAGGAAUCCUUCGACAUAACAGUAUAUAUUUUGGAAAAGAUAUUUGCGUUUAUGAUUCUUAGAGUUACCCUGAACGCGUUAUCCUUUCACCAAAACUAUCUGAAAAAGAUUGACUUUGAAAACCAUUACAUAACAGAUUACUUCAAUCAUGUGGAUCAAAGAAGAGCUCGAUAUGGAAAGCUACACAUUUUGCCUUUAAGAAGAAUUGAACGACCAUUUUUAGUUGAUCUUGAAUCAGCUGCUUGCACUCGCCUCGAGCUUAGAAAAAUUAUCCUUCAUCUUAUGACGCUCCUCCUUCAAGGUAUAUCAGCAGCCGUUUUCAUUCUAUUGGAUACACUAUUUUACGAAACGCUGGACAUUGUAUCCAUGCAUUCUAAAGUGGAGUUCAAACAAGAAGGACAUCACGAUGUGAACGUUACCGUCACUGGAACAGGAGUCAUAGCGAUGAUGGUUAGAAGGUCAGUAGAAGGUUUUAAAACUCAGGUUAGACUGAACCUGGUAACAUCCAAUGAAGAAUGCUUGCCUCGGCCGUCUAAAUUGGAAACUUGGAGCUUGGUGAAAAUCUACUUACUUCUGCUGGGUGUUGCAGUUCUAGUACUGAAUGAAGCUUACAUAAAUAGAUUCAGACGUUUGAUUUGCGCUUGGUUUUACCCGAAACGGGAGAAGCAGCGGAUUCUAUACCUGUACAAUCGUAUGCUCAAGAGGCGAAAGCAGUUGCAACGAUUGCUGAUGGAAAGGCUCAGAGAACACAUCCGGGAAAUUAAGUAUGCUUCAAAGUUGGAUUUUCUCGGCCAAUUGAAAUUAUAUUUUCCUGCUUGUUGUGGCUGGUUAAGCAUUUUAAACAAAAGGUCGUGUAGUAUAUGUGAUUAUAAAGGUGCAGCUCAUUUAAAUGAGUGUCAGAGCUUUACAUGUUUUCUAGUAUACUGCGAAGAAUGUUGGCAAGAUGUAGAGCAAAAAUGUCUGGUGUGCGAGUAUGAGUCGGUUUUAGGUCACAAGUAUUCAAUAGAUAAAACUAUUUCAUAAAAAUAGCUUUGGGCGUUUAUCUAAUAUAAGUAUACUAUUACAUACUCCGAAGAGGCUGUGGAGCAAUACUUUUCUGAUUCAAAUUCCGGACCGCAUCAA